CGUUAAGACUUUUUGGCUUAAAUAUUCAAUGAAGACGUAAACCAGUCAGGGUAUUCCCUUAUUGUGCUCGGUCCUAAGAAAACAAUUCUGAUCGAAAUUCAGGCCUCUUGAUGGAAAACAGGGCUUUCAUUGCUGUUCAUGCAGGUGCUGGCUAUCAUUCCAGGGAAAAGGAAAACAGUUACAGAAAAUUGUGUUCACAGACGUGCACAAAGGUUAUGAUGAAGCUGAAGUCAGGGAUGUCUGCGUUAGAUGCUGUUACCCUGGCAAUACAGAUGCUAGAGGAUUCCCCACUGACAAAUGCUGGCCGAGGGUCAAGCCUCACUCUGGAGGGAACUGUUGAGUGUGACGCCAGUGUUAUGGAUGGCAAAUCCCUUGUGUAUGGGGCUGUAGGGGCCAUCUCUGGGGUACAGAAUCCAGUUCUUGUUGCUAGGAAACUGGCGGAGGAGCAGUCAACAGGAAAUAUGGUGCUUGGAAGAAUCCCUCCAUGGUAA